GGUUUGUUUCAGCCAAAAACCUCUCAAACUUGGCGAUGUUUUUCAACUACGGAUUAACGAAAUGGACUUAAAAUGGGCAGGAUCUUUGGAUGGGAAUUCAUGAUGACUUUCACUGGGAAGCAAUUUUGGGAUUGCCAAUAGCAUAUGAAGGGCUUUUCACUUGCCUUAAACCCAGGGUUUGUCGGCAAGUCGGUUUCAUGGUCACAGACUUGUUGCUGCAUUGCAUAGAGCACACAUCCCCCCUUCAGUUCUGCACUUCUCUAUGAUGACACAAAGUUUUGAAAGCUUUUGAGUGUUAAUUCUUGCAUUCACAAACCAGUCUGAAAUUGCAGCAUGAAAGCGACUUGUUGACAACCCCUACCUCCCCAAAAUAAGGCAAAGAUUGGCAAAGAUUGAAACGGACAUAAUACAAAAAACCACGGUGUGUGAGGCCCAAUCCAAGUACCGUGAUCUGUUGCAGAGUAUCUGGCUAAAUAGGUAAUUCCAGAAGGUAAACUUAGCAAUGUAGAUGAAAAGAAGAAACUAUGAAUGCUGCCUCAGUUGCCAAAACUACCUCAAAUCACAUGAGGUUACCUAAAGCAAUUUCAGGUAGUUUCACAAAUGGGGCAGCGAGAUGCGUAUUGAUUUUAUUAAGAGCAAUUAUUUUGUUUCAGAGACUGGGAAUAACAACGUGCAACCCUGACCAGUCGUCCGUCAACAUUGUCAGGGCAGCAACAGAUCUUUUUAGCGACGAUUUUAAAGAUUUCUGGAUCCUAUCUGGAAGCAGGCUGCAUCAUGGUGUAAAAGAAGAGGAUUAUAGUCUUAAUCUGCAUACACUCGAAGUGGACAGUAGGGUCGGUGUACAGGUUACCCAAAAUGGUGAUCUGGUUUAUUACAUCAAUGGUACAAGCAUGGGUGCAGCCGCAUGCGACAUUCCCACCAAGAAACCAAUAUAUUGCAUAUUUGAUAUUUAUGGCAGGACUAAGGUUAUUUCAAAAGAAUUAUUCCAAGCUGAAAAACUAGAAAAUAUUUGCAAGAAGAGAGUAAGAGAACUUGUUACAGAUGACAACCUGAGCAAAUUACUUUUACCAAAAUGUAUUUUGGAGGACAUAAGGAAAAUAGAUAGAAAGAAAUAGCUCAACCUACCUUGGCCUUGUAAAAAAAUAGUCAUGAUUUGUUCUAGUUAUUGUGGUUGAUUGUGUAAAUUUAGCUUUUAGUUUAUGACAGAUUAUUUUAAUUUAAUAGCAGAUCUGCUAAAGAGUGUUGUAUAGUCAAAGAUCAGAAAUAGUAUUUAAACUGUAAAGAAAAAAUGAAGUGUCA